CUGGCGUGCCUUAAACCCUAGCUACAUUGUCUCUCUGUGUUCACCACCAACAAUGGCUGAACUGAAGCUCUCAGAAUCACGAGAUUUAACACGAAUCGAGCGCAUAGGCGCGCACUCCCAUAUCCGGGGACUGGGUCUUGACAACACCCUAGAACCGAGGGAUGUAUCGGAAGGCAUGGUGGGCCAAGUUUCGGCCCGCAAAGCUGCCGGCGUUAUCCUUCAGAUGAUUAGAGACGGAAAAAUCGCUGGUCGGGCUAUCCUUAUAGCCGGCCAACCCGGAACCGGUAAAACCGCCAUAGCAAUGGGCAUGGCAAAAUCCCUCGGACUCGAAACCCCUUUUGCCAUGAUUACGGGCUCAGAAAUUUUCUCCCUCGAAAUGUCGAAAACUGAGGCUUUAAUGCAAGCCUUUCGAAAGGCCAUUGGAGUCAGAAUCAAAGAAGAAACUGAAGUCAUUGAAGGUGAAGUUGUUGAGGUCCAAAUUGACCGGCCUGCCACUGCAGGAGUUGCAGCGAAGACAGGGAAGUUGACCCUCAAAACGACGGAGAUGGAGACCGUUUAUGAUUUAGGUCAAAAGAUGAUUGAGGCGUUAGGGAAGGACAAGGUACAGAGUGGGGACGUGAUUGCAAUUGAUAAAGUUUCUGGGAAGAUUACGAAGCUUGGGAGAUCGUUUGCGAGGUCUAGAGAUUAUGAUGCUAUGGGACCUCAAACUAAGUUUGUUCAGUGUCCUGAUGGGGAGCUGCAGAAGAGGAAAGAGGUUGUGCAUUGUGUUACGCUUCAUGAGAUUGAUGUAAUCAACAGCAGAACACAGGGAUUUUUGGCUCUCUUCACUGGUGACACUGGUGAAAUUCGUGCAGAAGUGCGAGACCAAAUUGACACAAAGGUAGCAGAGUGGAGGGAGGAAGGGAAGGCAGAGAUUGUGCCAGGUGUCCUGUUCAUUGAUGAGGUGCACAUGCUUGACAUUGAGUGCUUUUCCUUUCUGAACCGUGCUCUGGAGAAUGAGAUGGCACCAAUAUUAGUCGUUGCUACCAACAGAGGGAUCACUCGAAUCAGGGGUACAAACUACAAGGCUGCUCAUGGAAUUCCAAUGGAUCUCCUCGAUCGACUACUCAUCAUCUCAACUAAACCUUACACAAGAGAUGAAAUUCGCAAAAUUCUAGACAUCAGGUGCCAGGAGGAAGAUGUUGAAAUGACUGAAGAUGCAAAGCAAUUGCUGACACGUGUUGGUGAAGGAACAUCCUUGAGAUAUGCUAUUCAUCUAAUUUCAGCUGCUGCUUUAGCAUGUCAGAAACGGAAGGGAAAGGCUGUGGAGAUCCAGGACAUUGAUCGUGUGUAUCGCCUAUUUUUGGAUGUGCAGAGAUCAACCCAGUAUUUGAUGGAGUACCAGAGUCAGUACAUCAAUGAAGUGUCACUCGGAGACGGAGAUGGAGAUGGUGAUGAUGAUGCCAUGGUUUCAUAAUAGUUCCUCUUUAUUACUUUAGAGAUUUUGUGAGCAUGCAUCCUGCUUUCAUAUAGUUAGCUCCAACCUUACAAAUGGUUACAUAUGUGACAGAAGUGUGAUAAGUAUUUGUGUAACUUUCCAUGUCUUGGUUUGAAACUGUAUCUUUUGCAGAUUAUUGCUGCAAUAUAAUUCUGUGACAGGGCUCGGAAUUGUGGAAAAUUAGGACAGUGUUUGAUGUUA